AUGACUCUCGGAAGGGCUCGUGGAGUGCUCUCAAGUCCUCGCCGAGCAACCCGGAUUCGUCGGAUCCCAACGAGGAGGUUCCUAAAACCGGAGCACUCCAGAGCGCUCCCAGGUUUUUGGGGCCCCCGUAGAGCAGAUACAUCAGAGGUCUCGUCAUACACUACGCUUACUGCCGGAGAGGAAGAUCAAAUUAUUACAUCUGUUACCCACUUCCCGAAACCUUCUAGCGGGCUUGAAGGCGGUUCCAGGGCAGAGCUUGAAAGGGGCGGCCUCGUCGGAACUGAAAUGCAUACAUAUACGAGGAUGAUAGCAUUUGAGAACAAAGGAAAGCGGAUUGAAAUUAUUGAUCCAAAAGUACAUGCCUUGGAUGCCAGCCAAACUUACAUAUCUGAGAGCUCACUGCAAGCUAUGUCGAAGCUUGGACAAGGUUUAUUGAACCAAUCUGACUCGGGGAUGCUUGAUGAUGUUGAGAAAUCUAUAGAGUUCGAAGUUCACGCACUUGAUCUGACUCCCGAAGGUCAUCCGGAUUUGCUGUAUCGGCAUGCUGCUUUGGGGGUGUCAUACUCUGAGCGAUAUCGGCAUCUGGGAGAAAUCGAUGAUCUCAACAAGGCAAUCAAAUGCGAUAAUGGGGCACUUUUACUCACCCCCAGCGACCACCCAGAUUUACCCGAUAGACAUGCUAACAUAGGGGCAUCGUACCAUGAUCGAUAUACACGCCUAGGUGAACCUAAUGAUCUCGAGAAGGCAAUUGAAUCCUUGUCCCAUGCACUCACAACCAGUCCGGAUAAUCAUCCAAACUUGUUACUCCGACACGAUGCGAGAUGGGAGAUCUUGAGAAGAGGCCACCAAGACUUAGCCCGCCGACAUGCUGCGCUAGGUGCAUCAUAUAUCGAAAGAUACCGACGCCUGGGAGAAAUCGAUGACCUCGAGAAAGCAAUUGGAUGCGACUCUCGUGCACUCGAGCUCACUCCUGCCAACCACCCGGACUUCCUACGCCGGCAUGCUGAUCUAGGAAUGUCAUACGUUCAACGAUAUAAGUACCUAGGCGAACUUGAUGACCUUGACAAGGCGAUGGAGCACAAGUCUUGUGCGCUCAAACUCACUCCUGACGGUCAUCGAGACUUGCCACGCCGGUAUGCUGACCUAGGCGUAUUAUACACUGAUCGAUAUAUUCGCCUGGGCGACUUCACUGAUCUUGAGAAAUCGCUCGAGUGCGACGUUUGUGCGCUCACACUGACUCCCGAGGGCCACCCACACCUGUCAGUCCGACAUAGUGCUCUGGGGGUUUCAUACGCCAGCCGAUACCAACGCCUGGGUGAGAUCGCUGAUCUAGCGAAGGCGAUCGAACAUCACUCUCAUGCACUCAGCCUCACUCCAACUGGCCACCCACACCUACCACCUCUGUAUGAAGCUCUAGGGACAUCAUACACUAAACGAUAUCGACAUCUGCAUGAGACUUCUGAUCUCGAGAAAUCGAUUGAGUACAAGUCGCGUGCGCUUGAACUAACUCCUCACGAUCAUCCACACUUACCACGACGGUAUGAUGCUCUCGGAGUGUCAUACACCGAUAGAUAUCGACUUCUAGACAAAACCGAUGACCUCGAGAAGUCAAUCGAAUUCAAGUCCCGUGCGCUCGAGCUCACCCCCGACGACCACGCAAGUUUAUCGCGGCGGUAUGCGGCAUUAGGAGUCUCAUAUACUGAUCGAUAUCAAUGUCUAGGGUUGCCUAAAGACCUCGAAAAGUCAGUUGAGUGUCAUCUGCGUGCGCUCGACCUGACUCCCGAGGGACAUCCGGAUUUAUCUUUACGGCAUUUCAAUUGGGCUUUAGGAUGUCAUGACCAAUAUCAGCAUACACAUAAUCCUUCCCACUUGAAUGCAUCGCUUGAUGCCUUCCGUAGAUCCACCCAGUUGCUAAAUAGCGCACCGCGCGAGGUCUUCAAAUACGCCUUCGAGUGGGCAAAACUCGCAUCCAGGCAUAGCUAUCUUGACCGCCUUGGAGCCUUCGGUGCGACUAUCGACCUUCUUCCUCAUUUCAUUUGGCUUGGUGCAACAACCACUCAGCGAUACUACGACUUAUUUUCGGCUGAGAAUGUAGCCGUGGGAGCUGCCUCAGCCGCUAUUCUAUCCUCCAACUACAACCUAGCGCUUGAGUGGCUCGAGCAUGCACGAUGUGUGGUCUGGACUCAGAGCCUCAUGCUUCGGUCCCCCAUCGAUAUACUCAAAUCGUCCCAUCCAGAACUCGCUAUUCAGCUUCAGUCAGUUGCUCAGCAGUUAAAUCAGGCGAACUCAGAAUCAGACUUAUCAGCGGAUGUUCCAGAGCAUCGAUACCGUCUGGCAAGAGAGUACAAUAAUUUGUUGGCCCAAGCACGCAAGCUACCUGGCUUCGAGGAUUUGCUUCAGCUAACAAAGUGCAGCGAUCUAGUUGGGGCAGCUAAAAUAGGACCUAUUGUUAUCAUUAAUUGCCACGAAGAUCACUGCGAUGCACUUCUGAUCAUGCCUGGGGGAGAUAGUGUUGCUCAUAUUCCUCUCCCCAACUUUACCGGUAUAAAGGCUCGGCAUACUCGCUUCGAAAUGGAAAAGUCUAUCAGGAAUAGUCGAUUAAACGAGCGUGGAGCCGAGCGCCGACCGCUACAAGAGGAAGAGGAAGAGGAAGAUUUUAGGAGCGUGCUUUCAAACCUCUGGUACGACAUCGUCCGGCCAGUACUAGGCUAUCUAGGAUAUACGGAUAAGUCUGACGUGAUAAUUGACGAAAUGCCACAUAUUACAUGGUGUCCCACCGGUGCACUAUCAUUCCUGCCAUUGCAUGCUGCUGGAGAUUACGAUCAGUCAAGAUCGAGGGUAUUUGACUAUGUCAUAUCCUCUUACACUCCUACACUGACCGCUCUACUAUCAUCGACUAGCAUUGCAUUGAGUAGUAAUUCCCGAGUGCUUUUCAUCGGCCAAGAGGCUACUCCAGGCCACCAGAAGCUGCCGGGGGCUGCCAAGGAGCUCAAGCAUGUUGUACGCCAUAUAGAAGGAAGAGCCGGAUACUCGCAACUGCUGGGAAAUCAAGCAACUGUGGGAACCGUGCUCGAUGCAAUGGAACAACACGACUGGGUUCACCUUGCUUGCCAUGCUCACCAGAACGUUCAGGAUCCAACCGAGAGUGGGUUCUUUCUCCACGAUGGAAUCUUGAAUCUGGCAUCAAUCAACCAAAGAUCGUUCAAAAGAAAAGGUCUAGCAUUCCUCUCAGCUUGUCAGACGGCGACUGGCGAUGAGAAGCUGCCUGACGAAGCCAUUCAUCUUGCUUCAGGCAUGCUCAUGGCCGGAUACUCGAGCGUGAUCGCCACAAUGUGGUCGGUGCACGACGAAGACGCACCCGUGGUGGCCGAUAGAGUGUAUGCGCAACUAAUGAAGGAUGGAAAGAUUGGGAACGGGGAGGCAGGGAAAGCGCUGCAUAACGCAGUUGGGGAGUUACGGGACAAGGUUGGGGAGAAGGAGUUUAGUCGAUGGGUGCCUUAUAUCCAUAUAGGCUCGUAA